AACGGGAUUAGAUAACUGAUAAUAACCGGUGAACCGUACACGUUAUAGUUAAAAUCGAAAAUAAUUUUCAUUCAAGUUAAUUUUGGACGCAAAAGUUAAAAUCAGCUAAUGCCUUUCUCCUCUGAACGUUGAACGGCCGCUAGGAUCCGUCGAUCGGCGAACGCGUGUUUCAUGUCAGAUCUCUCGCUCCAUGGCUAAGUGUAUGAUUGCUGUGUUGCAGUCGGUCGUUUUGAAAAGAUCGCUGGUUUCGCCAGGUGUAGCCCGAGUUCUGUGCUCAAGGAAAUACAACAGUUCGAACCCCGAGUGGGGAGAGCCUCAAGACAACGGAAAUGUAGUGGACCCCGAACAACAGAAGCUGUUGAAAGUGGCUAUCAUUGGUGUGCCGAACGCUGGAAAGAGUUCACUGAUAAAUUCUAUUGUCGGCAGAAAUAUAUGUCCAUAUUCACGAAAAGUUCACACUACGCGUGCUGGUGCCCGUGCAGUUUUAAGCAUCGGAGAUACACAAUUGGUCUUUCUGGAUACCCCUGGUCUAGUGGAUUCUAAUGAAAUUGAAAAAUAUAACUUAGAUAAAGCCUUUGCAAACGACUCUGUUAACUCUAUUGAAGAAGCUGACAUUAUUGGUGUUGUUCAUGAUGUAUCCAAUCGAUAUACAAGAAGCUAUUUGGAUCCUAAAGUGCUAAGGCUUCUACACUUAAAUCAGAACAAAGAUUCAUUUUUAAUUUUAAACAAAAUAGAUCUUUUAAGAUCGAAAAUCUAUUUGUUGGAUUUAGCACGUUCAUUAACAUGCUUUACACUUAACAAUUUUCAUAUUCCAAAACCAUAUAUGUUGACACCUGAAGAAGAGAAACGUAAUAGAUCUAAAGUUCAAGAAAGAAGAUUAGAAGAGAAAGUAAAAAAGUCUGUAGGUUGGGGCAAAUUUAAUGAUGUAUUUAUGAUAUCUGCUGUUCUUAACCAAGGUUCAUCAGAUAUAAGAGAAUAUUUGUUACAAAGAAGCAAGCCAUCUCCAUGGUUGUUUUCCAAGGAUGAAAUAACUGACAAAGAAGAUUACAAAUUGGUCUUGAGUACUAUAGAAUCAAUAUUAUUAGAUGAUUUACCCAACGAAGUUCCAUAUAACUUAAAAGUAGAAUUAGAGUAUUAUGAAAUAUCUCGUGAAGGUAAUUUACACAUUGUAGUCUUGAUUCAUUGCAAAACACCAAGGAUAGAAAAGCUAAUAAUGGGCAAAAGAGGCCAACGUAUUAGAAACAUUGCUAGAACUUGUGAACAACAUAUCAGAAAUCUGUUCCUAACUGAUGUAUUCCUCAAAAUGGUUGUUACUGAUAAAGCAAAAAGUAUUAACCAUCCUAUAACAGAUUGAAAUCUCAUAAAUCAAAAAUUCAACUCAUGUAAAUAAAUAUUAUGUUUAAUUGUUGUUGUUAUAUAUCAAAUAUUAUAUUUUAUUGAAUAUUACAAUGUGUUUAUUAAGUGCAAAAAGUCAAUAAUUUAAUGAUAUUACCAAGCAUA